CUCAUGCAGCUCCUCCCUCUUGCACAUAAAAGCCUCACCAGUAUGUAUCAAAGUUCUGAGCGACAUCCACCCAGUUGUAUAGCAACAACACGUGACGAGUUGAGACCUGACCAGACUCCAUAGAUGGCCACUGUCCCACUCAAACCUUGGAAACGUGUCAGUGAAGCAACCUAAUGUAAGGCAAGGCAGUGGACAAAGAAAGAUACUUGGCAAGGAGAACAAAUCAGAACAAUAUGACUCCUAAAGUCCUCCAUCACAUCCACCUACUCAUCGCUGUGUUCCAUCUGGCCUGCGGUGGCACAUUCUCCAGAAGCAAAACAAAGUCGCAACAACACCAGGCCCAGCCACACUACAACGAUGGCCAUCCACAACAGCUCUUCUUAGGGAAUGAGAUGCCUUUACUGGGACAGUAUGGCAUGGAGCUCCCUCAGCUUCCAUUUGAAUUGGGCAAAGAGCGGCUAUCGACAGAACGCAAAGGACAACCAUUCGCCAGAGGAGCCAAAGGUCCACCUCCCCCUGGUCCUGCUGGAGAAGGUUUCCGCAUUGGACCUCAGGGAGUUCAGGGCCCACCAGGGCCUCAAGGACCACCAGGGCUGCCAGGACAGGGAUUGCCAGGAAUACCAGGAAAAGCAGGUCCUACUGGUCCUCAAGGGUACCCAGGAAUAGGUAAACCAGGAAAUCCAGGAUUGCCUGGAAAACCAGGUGGACCUGGAUUGCCUGGGCCACAAGGUGACACAGGACCUACUGGUCAUGAAGGAGCAAAUGGUCUUCCUGGUCCUCAAGGACUUCCAGGUCCACCUGGCCUACCUGGAAUCUCAAAGACAGGAGGUCAAGGUCUGCCAGGACAAGUGGGUCUUCAAGGGGAGCCAGGUCAAAGAGGUUCUCCAGGGCUUCCUGGCCAACCAGGCCCCAGAGGAGAAAAAGGACUUGGUAUACCUGGUUUGUCCGGGUUGAAAGGACCGAGUGGACCACCAGGCCCACCUGGACAUGCUGGAAUGCCAGGGAUUGGCAAACCUGGUGUGAAUGGUCUUCCUGGGCAGCCAGGAAUGCUAGGAAAAGCUGGUCCUCAUGGUGAACCAGGACCAGUGGGACCACCUGGUGAGAGAGGCCACCCAGGGCCACCCGGCUCAUUGGGAAUUGGAAAACCAGGGAAGGAUGGAUUUACAGGCCAACCAGGGCUUCCUGGAGGCAAAGGUGAACCAGGCUUUCCGGGGUUACCAGGAAGUCAAGGUUUGCCUGGUUAUGGCAAACAAGGUUUUCCAGGACCCAAGGGUCACAAGGGACACAAUGGUUUUCCUGGAUCACCAGGUCCAAAAGGAGAAAAGGGUCAUGAAGGCCUUCCAGGCGUUAUUGGUCCUACAGGUUCUAGUGGUAGACCUGGUCCACCAGGCCCAAUGGGGCCCUCAGGUAAUAUUGGGUUCCCAGGACAAAAGGGUGAAGAUGGUGAUGGUGGCCUGAAAGGAAAUCCUGGAUUAAAAGGGGAUUUAGGAUUACAAGGCCUCCCGGGACGCCCAGGCUUCAUAGGUGAGGUAGGGCAACAUGGACUGAGAGGAUUUCAAGGACCAACCGGCCCCAAAGGCGAACCAGGUAACAGGGGUAUAUUUGGCCCCCCCGGUACUGCAGGAUUACCUGGCCCAAGAGGAGAGGUCGGACAACCUGGUGAUAAAGGCCACCAGGGACCGCAGGGGAUUCCAGGACUUUCAGGACCAGGUGGACCAAUUGGACCUCCUGGUAUGCCUGGUCAAAAAGGAGAAACAGGCCCUCCUGGAGUACCUGGCUAUCCUGGUGAGGGAAUACCUGGACCUGCUGGUCAGAUUGGUCCUAAGGGAAGCUCUGGCCCUAUUGGGCCUCACGGACUUCCUGGACAACCAGGGCAACCUGGACCUCCAGGACCCCCUGCGACAUAUCCUGACCUUGGACGAACCCUUCCAGUAUCUGGUCCAUACAGUGGUCAACAACAAGUUUUCAAAAAGCCAAGGAAUGGUGGCUACAUAGGUAAAAAUGCCUCGGAGAUGCCAGCUUUCACUGUAAAGCGCACCGAUCCAUUCCCUCCUGUUGGUUCUCCUGUGAUUUUCGACAAGGUCUUACACAACAGUAAUCAAGAUUACAGUCCUCAAAGUGGUGUUUUUACAUGCAGCGUACCAGGGGUUUACUAUUUUGCUUACCAUGUCCACUGCAAAGGGAGUAAUGUGUGGGUAGCACUGAUGAAGAACAAUGAGCCCAUGCUGUACACUUACGAUGAGUGCACCAAGGGCUUGCUAGAUCAGGCAUCAGGUAGCGCUGUACUCCCUUUACAGCAGGCUGACACUGUGCAUGUACAGCUGCCAUCUGAACAGGCAGCGGGACUUUAUGCUAGCAAGUAUGUCCACGCCACUUUUUCUGGGUACUUAUUGUACCCAAUCUAAGUGAAAACACAUGUAUUUAGAAAUGACAUGAUUGAAGCAGGAAUUGUACAAAUUACAGUAAGUGAAAAGGUUUUCAUGUGCUAUUGCAACAUAGUCACAGUCUUUGUUUGAUAUUGCAAUAAAAUCAUUACAUCUGUAUUUACAUAUGAACGAAGUGUCUUUUACAGAAAAGUGCUGACCAGUCUUAUGUACAAUAACUAUUUUCAGCUUCAUAAACUUUUUAUUUGAUAGUUUAGAGGGAGCAAAUAUGUCACUGUCUAAUGACAGAGAUGAUAGAUUAAAUGGCUGUCACUUACUCAU